AUGAAGUUCCUGCAGGCCCUCGUGAAGGCGGUGCCGGACCUGGCGGUUUCGGCGAGUGAUGAGGACUACUGCAAGUGGACUCGGUUUGUAUCCUGCAGCAUUGGUGUGGCGGUGACGCUGACGGAUUUGCAGCUGACGCAGGUGUCGAGCCUGCCGGAUCUCGCCGAUGACGUGAAUGGUACCCUGGUGCUUCUGACGUCGUUCGAGGCGAACAACAAGGGCGGCAUGUUAUCCGGGCCGCUGCCACCGAGCUGGGGACGGCUGACACAGAUGCAGACGAUAUCACUGAAGGGAAACGCACUCACAGGGACGCUGCCGAGUGAGUGGAGCGAGUUGACUGCGUUGAAGUUCCUGUACGUGGAUAACAACGCUCUGACGGGCGAACUGCCGGUGUCGUGGGGCACGCUGUCGGUGAUGAGGCUGUUGUACAUGUCUUCGAACCACCUGACGGGGCCGCUACCGCGUGAGUGGAGCGGGAUGACGGCGCUGCAGAGCUGCCUCGCAGCGGACAACAACCUUACGGGCACAUUGCCCUCGUCGUGGGGCACGCUGAAGCGCAUAAAGGUGAUGAUGCUGGCCAACAACACAUUGUCAGGGACCCUACCGACAGUGUGGAGCAAUAUGACGGCACUUGUGACGCUCACGCUGGGCAACAACAAGCUGACGGGGCCGCUGCCGGCGGAGUGGAGCUCUUUGCCGAAGCUGACGCGGCUGGAGUUGGACGACAACAGUCUGUCUGGCACCCUGCCGGCGGAGUGGAGCAAGCUGAAUAAGGUGAAGGAGAAUCUGAUGCUUCAGGGCAACAACUUCUGCGGCUGCGUGCCUCCGGAGUGGGCUGGUAAACUGACGCCGACCGUGGACCCGGCGGUGAGCGCGGACACCUGUGCAACGACGAACGCGUGCGACAAGGCGUCGGGCAGCGGUGCUUCUCACCACUCUUCCAGCCACAGCAAGCCCUCACCAAGCUCGGCAAGCAGCAGCUACAGCCAGCCAACACCGGUAGCAGCGAGCAGCAGCCACAGCAAGCCGACAGAGAACAACAGCAGCUCCAGUUCAAGUGCGUGCAUUGUGACGAACUGCGUGAAGUGCGAAGCGGACAACAGCUCAAAAUGCAGUGAGUGCACGCGCAGCUACACCUUGACGGAUGGCUUUCGAUGCGCCUCCAGCGGUGAUGCGGCGUGCUGGCUGAGCUUGUGCAACCCAGACGGGUGGCUGUUGUUGGCACUGCUAUGCACAUGUGUGCUGUGGAACCUGAUGUAG